AUGUAUAGGUUGCACCACCUAUUCAAUUACACCUCAGGACGAUGGCUGUACAACGAGCAGAGGCGCCUGGAAGGAAGAGUACGACCUUUUAACGUGUCCGCUCUGCAGUGCCUGACUGUGCAAGCGGUAUCGAAGAAUUCCGAAGACAUAGUCCAGUUCCAAAAGCUGGGCGAGGGUGCAUCCAAUCGAGCCUUCAUUGUACGCAUGCGCGACGGGCCCUCGCUUGUGGCCCGCAUACCCUAUAUGGCCACAGUACCUAGAGGCUUUGUGGUGGCCAGCGAGGUCGCAACAAUGGAGUUCCUCCCUUCCAAAGGCAUUCCUGUACCGAAGGUGUACGGGUAUUCGACAUCGACCAACAAUCCUGCCGGGGUAGAGUAUAUUCUCAUGGAGUAUGGCUCUGGCCGAAUCCUCAGUGAGAUUUGGGACGAUAUGAACCAGCAAGACCGACCGAAAACUCUCUCGAACAUUAUCGAAGUGGAGAACCGCCUUUUCAGCAUUCGCCUGCCAGCCAGUGGAAGCAUUUAUUUCUCGAAAGAUAUGCCACAGGGAGCUCGAGGCGUGCCUAUAGACCAUCUUGAUGCAGAGAGACCUUGCUCCCUGCAUGUUGGCCCGGAUGCAAUUACAGAGUGUGGAGCGCUGCUCACAGCAGGUGCCAGAAAGGAGAUUGAGUACUUGACCAAAUUCGGUCGUCCAUUACUUCCUUUCAGUAGGAUGCGAAGAGAGACUUUCAGCCUUGAGAGACAAGACCCUGGCACUCAUAUCGACAGCCUGGGAAGAUAUCUGCAGAUCGCCGAACAUCUCAUUCCAAAGGAUUCCCAGGGACUGCUCCAGCCUGUCGUGCGCCACCCUGAUCUUCGACCGAGCAACAUCUUCGUAUUCGACGACUUCAGCAUUGCGUCUCUCAUCGAUUGGCAACACAGCACCGUGCAGCCGUUGUUCUUACAAGCCGGCAUUCCGAGCAUGUUCAACAACUCUCAUGAUGCAGCAUCUAGGUCGUGGGAAACACUACGUUUGCCCAGCGAUUUAGAUGAUAUGUCAAAGGAGGAGAAGACCGAGCAGCUAGGAAUCUUCCGCGAUCGGCAAUUGCACUGCGACUACAUCGCGCAGACCGCACAGAUCAACGCAACUCAUUUCAAAGCAUUGAAAUACCCGUACGCUUCUUUUCGGCGGAGGCUCCACCGCUUGUCCGGCGAUUGUUGGCAAGGCGACAAUCAAGAGAAAUACUUACGUCUCGAUAAGCUUGUGCGAGAAGCUGAAGACGAAAUGCACGCGAUCAAUGUGAUGCUGGGUGUUGGCCCCGCAGGAUGGGUCCCAUGUGACCACUUCGACGCUACGAAAGCAGCCGUCGACCAGAUGAAGGCAGACUGCCUCGAGCGGGCCGAAUACGAGAUAGACGAAGCUGCUGUUCGAGAUCACUGGGUGUUCGAUGACAUGGACGAGGACGAGUAUCGAUGA